AUGAGCCGUGAUAAAGUUCAUUUUCAGCAAUAUGCCACUGAAUACGAUCCCAUUAAGAUUGGAUCUAUUGAUGGUACAGACACGGAGCCCCACGACCGUGCGAUCGAGCGCGCUCUCUGGGCGCAGUACGAGCCAGACAAGCGCGUAACCGGUGACCCCCGUCACACUAUAUUUGUGGGCCGUCUAAAUCCAAGAACUACUCAGGACACCAUAUCAUCAGAAUUCUCCAAGUUUGGUAAAAUAGUCAAGUGUCGCCUGGUGAAGGACAUUGUCACGGGCAAGUCUAAACAGUAUGCCUUUGUGGAGUUUGACAGUUCCAGUGCAGCGGACAAAGCCCACAGAAGUAUGCACAAAGAAUACAUUGAUGGGUGUGAGAUCGUAGUGGAGUGGGAGGCGGAGCGGAAGUUAAGCGGAUGGAAGCCGCGGCGGCUGGGGGGCGGGUUCGGGGGGCGCAAGGAGGCCGGGCAGCUGCGAUUCGGGGGUCGCGAUAGGCCCUUCAGAAAGCCUUAUCUCUCAUAG